AUGACCUCCCGGAGCAAUAGUGACGGAUCCUCCGUCCUGGAUAGGUCUCACUCGAACCAAAAGCCCCUGGAAGACCAUGAACUAGACACAACGUGCAGGACUGUCGAUGAUGUCUUCCACUUCCGAACACACUACUGCCGUUCUAAUCCAGACUUUCGCCAUUUCAACUGGUCUGGUGAGCCAGCCUCUACUCGCAGCGCAACUUUGCCAGCCGAGUUCCUCGCUAUCAUUCUUUCCAACCCUAAAGCACUUGACCCCAAUAAAGGCCUCCGUAUCCCAUCAGUCCUUCGCCGCGCAUCCAAAUUCAUUGACUCCGUUGUUGUGAAUCUAGCUAAUACUGACGAGGGCCUCUUGAGUCUCCGCGGCCCACAGCUUCAACAUGCAGCUACAGGAUACGUCAGAUGCCCCUCCACUCACGGAUGGUGGCUCGUUGAAAGUCGAGAAGACCAUGACCUUGACUUAGAUACCAGUAACAGUGCUCACUACCUUAUGUCUAACCUGGCAAUUGCAAACGGAUUUACUCGUGGGCGUAUCCGGACUGCAUCAGGAUGGGCCAAGACUCGUCAAGACAUCUUCACAGUUCGCUCCAAGCCCCGCCCCCCGCGAAGACGCCACCGUACUUAUUGUCCAUCUCCACUGAGUCAGGUAUGGCUUGUAUCAGAUGCAAAGCCAGAUAUAAUUCGGAAGCCCCUUCCCGAGCUCCCUCAGUAUCAGGUAACGCCUGCUUCAGAGGAACGAGUCAGGCUCCCCACUCCUCCAAGCCAGAUCCCAUCUACCGAUGCCCAGCAUUUGGAUCUAAGUAGAGAUCCAAAUCUUCACUGCUCUUUUUUAUACCCAGCUGCACGUCCCAGAUGGACAAUCCGAAAAGUUCUAAGCAAGGUUCGAAGAAAGAUGCGGAAGAUGUUUAGUUCCGUUGUUCACGGUCUCCCUGAUCCUGAUCUAAACAUUUAG